CAGUCAGUCCUGCGCUACUGUAUAGUAAGGACACCAGCCCGACGUUCUACCUCAAAUGUGACCGAGUAGUUGCCGAUGGGUUGGCGGGACGACGCGAGCGACCGCCGUUUCGACGCAGUUUCCGACGCUUCACACGCGAGAAUGCAGCCGCAGUGGCGAAGCAGGUCGGCGUCGGCUACGUCAUGGUCUCCGUGGUACUGAGUUGGCUCUCGCUCGUGGCGCCGUACUUGGAGAACGACUACAGCCGGCCCGACUAUUACGCGAGCAAUGCGUCCGAUUUGCUCACGCGAAGCUUCAAUAUGGAGCGUGCGUUUGUACCGGCGACGGCGACCGGCUGGACCACCGGCGUCUCCCGCACCGAAGUGAGCCUCUCGCCGGCGUACCCACGCAAGCUGCUCUACGAAGAGCUCUCGGCGCCAGCGCCUGCGAUACAAAGUCUGCGCGAAAUGGACCGCGCAGCUCUCGAUCGCUCUCGCCUGUCAGAGUGCGGCGUCACCGCGACCGUCGUCGCCUAUGUUUUUGAGCGCUGGUACCAGCUGCAGCUGGCGCCGGUGACGCUGCGCACGCUGCUCUUGUACACGAGCAGCUACUAUAUGCUCGAUACGACAGCAUGGUCGAAGUAG